UUUCAGCUUCUCUGCUCUGGAGUCGUGACAGAUUUUAGUAAAAUCCAUUUUACUUUAAAAACAUUUGUUAGAAUAUCCUUGGAAAUAAUUUAGUAGACCAUAUUGUGCGUGUAAUCAUCCGCAUCCGUCGUCAAUCAUGGGCGUCCCCGCGUUUUUCCGCUGGUUGAGCCGCAAGUACCCUUCCAUCGUCGUGCACGCCACUGAAGAACGCUCGCGCGCACUGGAAGACGACGCCAGCGGCAGUGUCCCGGUGGACACCUCCCUGCCCAAUCCCAACGGAGUGGAGUUUGAUAAUCUCUAUCUGGACAUGAACGGCAUCAUCCACCCGUGCUGCCAUCCCGAGGAUCGGCCGGCGCCCCGCAACGAGGAGGAGAUGAUGCUGCUCAUCUUCGAGUACAUUGAUCGCAUCUUCAACAUUGUGCGGCCGCGACGCUUAUUGUACAUGGCCAUCGACGGGGUGGCGCCGCGCGCCAAGAUGAACCAGCAGCGCAGUCGCCGGUUCCGUUCGUCCAAGGAGGCCGUGGAGAAGGAGGAGGAGAUCAGACGGCAGAAGCAGCGGUUGCGCGAGGAAGGUGUCAGGUUGCCGGAGAAACCGCAGCAGGAUCCCACUGAGAAAUUCGACAGCAACUGCAUCACACCGGGCACAGAGUUCAUGGACAAUCUGGCCAAGAACCUGCGCUACUACGUCCACAACCGCCUCAACAACGAUCCGGGAUGGGCGGGCAUCUCGGUGAUCCUGUCGGAUGCCAACGUCCCCGGAGAAGGUGAGCACAAGAUCAUGGAUUUCAUCCGCAAACAGCGCGCCAAUCCCCAGCACGAUCCCAACACGCACCACUGCCUGUGCGGCGCCGACGCCGAUCUGAUUAUGCUGGGCCUGGCCACGCACGAGGCCAACUUCACCAUUAUCCGCGAGGAAUUCAAACCCGGCCAGCCCAAGCCCUGUGAGCUGUGCGGACAGAUGGGCCACGAGAUGAAGAUGUGCACCGGCAAGGCCAAAGCCGUUGACGACCAGGAACCGCCUGCGCCACCACCGGCGACCGAGUUCAUCUUCCUGCGUUUAUCCGUCCUCCGCGAGUACCUGGAGCAGGAGCUGAAGCCGGACCACGCCGUGUCGUACGGGUUCGAUCUGGAGCGGGCCAUCGACGACUGGGUGUUCAUGUGCUUCUUCGUGGGCAACGAUUUCCUCCCGCAUCUGCCCUCCCUGGAGAUCCGCGAGGGCGCCAUCGACCGCCUGAUCGAUCUGUACAAGGCCAACGCCGACCGCAGCGGCGGAUAUCUGACCGAGAACGGCUUCGUCAAUCUGGAGCGGGUGCAGCAUGUCCUCACCGAACUCGGGAAAAUGGAAGACGGCAUCCUGAAAAACCGCAUGCACAAAGCCAAAAUCGAUCGGCGCCGCGAGAAAGAGCGUGAACGCGCCAAACGCCGCCGCGACGGCGAAGAGGACGACCGCGACGCCAAACGCCGGCGCUCCGACGGCCCGGCCUACGCCCUCAACGGCGCCUUCUCCCCGGCCGCCGUGGGACGCGGGGGAGCUCCGCAGCCGCUGAGCAACGCCCGCGAGACUAUCCACCAGGCCCGCGUGGACUCCUUCCGCUUCGCCCAGCCCCAGAAUACCAACCUGACCUCGGCGCAGGCACUGCGCGCUAUGCUGAUCGGAGGGCCGGCGUCGGCGCCGCAGAGCCCCGCGGGGGGCCGGCACCCGGGUGCCUCGCCGUCCGGGGAGCGGUUUCAACGGCCGGCUAGUGUGGCCGGUGGAUUGGAGCGGAUGGGGAGUCGGGAUGGGCAGGAUGACGAUGAGGAUCCCAAUGAUGUGGUGCGAUUAGGUGAAGACGGAUGGAAGCAGCGCUACUACAUGAACAAAUUCGCCGUGGCCAUCGACGGCGACUGGCAGUUCCAGAAAGAGAUCGUCCACGCCUACGUCGAAGGAUUGUGCUGGGUCCUGCAGUACUACUACCAGGGCUGUCCCUCCUGGACGUGGUACUAUCCCUACCACUACUCGCCCUUCGCCUCCGACUUCACCCACAUUGACCAACUGCGCAUCACCUUCCCGAAGCACACCCAGCCGUUUAAACCGCUGGAACAGCUGAUGGGCGUCUUCCCGGCGGCCAGCGGCAACUUCCUGCCCACCGCCUGGCGCCGACUGAUGUCCGACCCCGAAUCGCCCAUCCUGGACUUUUACCCGAGUGAUUUCUGUGUGGAUCUCAACGGGAAGAAAUUCGCCUGGCAGGGCGUGGCGCUCCUGCCGUUUGUCGAUGAGGGACGGUUGUUGCGGACGCUGGGGACGGUGUACGAUACCCUGACGGCGGAGGAGGCAAGGCGGAAUGGGUUGGGGCAGAAUUUGUUGUUUGUCGGGCAGCGGCAUACGAUUUUCACGGAUUUGAAGGAGAAAUUCUACCCGGAGACGGAGAACGCCGUGGAAAAUUGGGUGACGAUGGAGAACAGGCUGAUUUUCGGGAUGGGUGGGUUGGUAGCGGGAGAUGCGGGGGCGUACAUCCCCUUCCGCCCCCUGGAACCGCCGUACGCGUCGAUGGCGCAGGUGGCGGUCAACCGCGCGCUGAGUGUCGCGUAUCGCGAUCCCUGGUACGAACUGGAUUACAAGUUCUUGGCCGUGCGGUUGGAAGGGGCGAAGGAGCCGGCCAAGGUGUUGGGAGAGGGCCGGGCCAUCUUGGGAUUCGAUGCCAAUCGCACCCCGGUGCGGCUGGAUGGCUCGGCGCACCGGAUGCUGCGCGGCGCGUCCAGUAAUCGGGGAUCGUUCUUUCAACGAACGGUGGGCAACGACGGGCGUCGCGGGUACAACGAGGAACGCGAAGCCCGCUGGGAGGACAACCCCAACCGGUUCCGCGAGGAAUCCCGCCACAACAACCAACAGCGUCCCGACUAUCAUUCCCGCGACCCUCCACACUACAAUCACUCCCAAUCACGUGAUCGUGAACGCUGGAACAACGGCUACAACGACGACUACCGCGGGAAUCACCAGUACAACCAGCGCAGCGAACCCCCGCGCGGUAGCCACUACGACAGCCGUCCUUACGACCGGAAUUAUGACAACCGCCGCAAUGAUUACCAAGCUCCAAGUUCGUAUGGUUAUCAGCAGCGGGACACGCGCUACGACUACCAGCAGCGGGAUCAUCGCUCCGGGAGCCAGUAUCAAGAGGGGCGGGGCGGGGGCGCGCCGGGGUAUCCGAGUUACACGCCGCCGGCUAACUACGCGGCGUCGUAUAGUGGCGCGGGCUACGGGCAUCAGCAGCCGCGCCCGACGACGUAUUAUGCGGCGCGGGGGGCGCCCAGUGCGAGGGGGACGGCAGCGCCCCCGCCCGCCGGUCCGACGCGGUAUUAUACCAGUGAUCAGCGGCGUUCCAAUUAAUUUAUAAGCGGCGGAUUUUUUGUGUGGAUUUAUUUGUUAUAGGAUUUGUUUUUAGCGGAGGAAUAUACUGUGCUUUUGGAAACAGUGAGAAAUAAUUCUUGAAAAAAAUGAUGGAUUAAUUUUCCGUAGUAGUGUGUUAGAGGAAAUCACGAAAUAAAAAAAAAACGGGUUACGGUGUUUGGGAUUGCUGCCUGCAGAACGAUCCAUCUGCCUUUUGUAGUUCGCCAUGUGCCAUGUUUUAAAAUUGAUCACCUAUUUGGAAUUAAUGGUGUAUUAUUUUUUUUGUUCGGCUUUUCCGGUACUCACUCAUCCGUUAAAUUA